AUGGGUAUCUGGGAAGGAGCUCAGGAGGAAUACAACCGCCUGCUUGCUCUCCACAAGAAGUUGGAGGCGAUGAAAGGCCGAGUACCGCCGCAGCAGCCGAUCUUGAAGGAGAGUGUAUUGACUGAACUUUCGUCAAUACACUGCCGCAAUGCCCAACGUCCGCCAGGAAGUUACACUUGUCACACAGUCGUCACCGACUACUAUCCACCUUGCCUGGAGUCAUGGACCACCUUGCAGAAGACCUGUAUCUCGCAGCUCCGUAUAGGCGUCCAUCAUGUGGGUCAAGUCCUCGUCGUCCGGCUGAUCACGAAACCGGCGAACCAUGGUGGCUGCCUGUCGGCUAUAGAAGACGAGCACGGUCACGUUGCCACAAUCGAGGUUCACAAUGAUCAUCGCGAACCCUACGAAGUCCUUCCCGAAGGUGCAACAUGUGCAAUCAAGCAGCCAUUCUUCUAUGCUGUCAGCAAGAGAGAGGUGCGCGUGCGCGUUGACCACCCGUCCGAUCUCAUUCUGAUCGCCAGGGAGCCGACUACGAUCAACGCAGAACCUCAUGCUGCCAUGCUCCAAAAAGCAGAAGCUGCUCUAAGCAUGAAGCAGUACACGAACGCCUGCAGAUAUUGCCUCACAACGCUGAUAGUCGAUCGUUCCAACCCUCGAGCUCGUCUACUGUUAGCUAGUGCUUUUUACGGCCUCGAAAAAUACAAAUCAUGCUUAGAAACCCUACAGCAGCUUCAAGUACUCGGACAAUUCGAUUCUGACGCUUCGGAUUUGCAGACUCGCGGCCUCGCACGCCUAAGCGAGACGUACUACGCUUCAUGCGGGAUCGAAGAAGUCGCUCAAGACACCUCGAAAACGCGUCAAGAAUGGCUCGAUCACGCCUCCAGCCAUGAGACCGUCAUCGUUAGAGACUCAGGAGCCGCUGGCCGAGGUCUCUUCGCUACUAAGUCAGUCAACAAGGGAGACGUUGUUCUCUGCGAGACGGCUUUCGCGAUGGUUCUACCACCAUCGCAGCUGGCACGGGUUAUUUGUCGUCAUGAUCUCGUCAGGAAGCGGUUUAGGAUCAAUCCUGACGUUUUACUCUACGUGAGGGUAAUGGAGGAGCUACAACGGCGUCCUACUGCUGUUCCUGACCUCCUGCAACUCUGGUCCGGUGAAUACAGGAGCGAAGUCAAGGAAGUCUUGAUCGUGGAUGGAAAUCUUGUCUUAGAUGCGUUUCAUGUUUCCCGCAUUGUCGAACUCAACGCCAUGGCUUGCGGUCCCAACAGGCUUGGCGAGGGCAUAUGGUUAAAGGCGUCAUACACGAACCACUCGUGCGCUCCAAAUGUAUCCUACAAGCUUCAUGGCAAUUUGCUCGUCGGCCAUGCCCUUGAGGACAUUGGAGAAGGUCAGGAACUCUUGGUGUCGUAUAUCGACCAUCCGGAAACCAAGCCUUUCAAGGAGCGCCAUCAGGCACUUGCGGAGUGGGACUUUGCCUGCCAAUGCCCGCGCUGCACAACCGAAUACUUCGCUCAGUGGAUAAAUCGCAUAGAAGGCCAGCUGAACGCCAGCGAGGAGAACGCGCGGGAAGUCACCCACAGCGAUGGGCAGGAGGCUGAUGAUGGCGGGAAGUAG